CGGGAUUGCGCUGCCCCUGAGACCUGCCUAGUCCUUCCUCUAUGUGCCCGGAGCGCAGUCCUGGCGCGUAGGGUCCGCUCGGCGGGGGCCUACGGGCAGCAUGGUGUGGGCUCGGGCGGCCCUCGGUCCCUGCGCGCUCUGGGGAGUCUUGUUGCUCGUGGCCCCCGCAGGCGCGCAGCGCGGCAGGAAGAAGGUCGUGCACGUGCUGGAGGGCGAGUCGGGCUCGGUGGUGGUGCAGACAGCGCCCGGGCAGGUAGUCAGCCACCGGGGUGGCACCAUCGUCUUGCCCUGCCGUUACCACUACGAGGCAACCGUCCACAGCCACGAAGGUGUCCGUCUCAAGUGGACUAAAGUGGUGGAGCCGCUGGCCUUUACCGAUGUCUUCGUGGCGCUGGGCCCCCAGCACCGGGCGUUUGGCAGCUACCGAGGGCGGGCGGAGCUGCAGGGUGAUGGUCCUGGGGACGCCUCCUUGGUUCUCCGAAAUGUCACGCUGCAAGACUAUGGGCACUAUGAGUGCGAGGUCACCAACGAACUAGAGGAUGACACUGGCAUGGUCAAGCUGGACCUGGAAGGCGUGGUCUUCCCUUAUCACCCCCGUGGAGGCCGCUACAAGCUGACUUUCACUGAGGCGCAGCGCGCCUGCGCUGAACAGGAUGGUAUCCUGGCGUCGGCCGAGCAGCUGCACGCGGCCUGGCGCGACGGCUUGGACUGGUGCAACGCGGGCUGGCUGCGCGAUGGCUCGGUUCAGUACCCGGUGAGCCAGCCCCGGGAGCCCUGCGGCGGCCUGCGCGGGGCCGGGGGCACCGGGGUUGGCGGAGGUGCCUCCGGGGGCGUGCGCAACUACGGCUACCGCCACAACGCUGAGGAACGCUACGACGCCUUCUGCUUCACGUCCAACCUCCCCGGUCGGGUCUUCUUCCUGAAGCCGCUGCGGCCCUUGGCCUUCUCUGGAGCAGCGCGCGCGUGCGCGGCGCGCGGAGCGGCGGUGGCUAAAGUGGGGCAGCUGUUCGCCGCGUGGAAGCUGCAACUGCUGGACCGCUGCACCGCAGGCUGGCUGGCCGACGGGAGCGCGCGCUACCCCAUCGUGAACCCGCGCGCGCGCUGCGGUGGCCUCCGGCCUGGCGUGCGCAACCUCGGUUUCCCCGAUCCCGGGCGCAGCCUCUUCGGCGUCUACUGCUACCGCGCGCCUGGCGCGCCCGACCCAGCACCUGGAGGCUGGGGCUGGGGCUGGGCGGGAGGCGGCGGCUGGGCCGGGGGCGCACGCGACCCCGCUGCCUGGACCCCGCUGCGCGUCUAGGCUCGGAGGGCACGGAGAGCUGGGGGAGGGGUCCUUGGGGGCUGGCCGAGUCCUCUGUUGUCCCCUGGACACGGACCACGCCCCCUGUGGUGCCCUACUGGCUGACCAAGCUACUGUGGUCCUUGAACACUGACCACACCCCCAGAGACAAGUCUCCUGGAGUCCCUGGACACUGACCAAGCUCCCCUUUCUUGCACAGUGGAUUUCUCCCCUUCCCCUGACUUUCUCCAGCAGACCAAGCACACUCCCUGAUGCCCCCUGGAGGCCAACAGACCCCACGGUCUCCUGAAGACUACCCCUCCCAAGGCCACCUGGACACAGAACCAUCUCAGUGGUCACCUGGAGGCUGGACCCACGCCCUCUGCAUCUCCCUGGAGACUGAAGACUUAAUGGUCACCUGGCAACUGAACCAUCCUCCUAUCACCUGUAGAGAAACUAGAAACAGCAAAUUUGACAGGUGACCACGCCCCCAUAGUCACAUGUGGGCUCCUGUCUUCUCCCCUACGGUGACGUGUUGAUUGGGUACUCCUAUCAUUGACACCUCCCCCUCAACUCCCCUGAAAUUUCUGUAGUAAGAGACCAAGUCCCCAGGUCACCGUGGACCAGAGGCGCACGGGACCCCGCUGCCUCAUCUCUCCAGUUUUAGGAGAGACCGCCUUUUGUUACUGCUAAGAUAGAUUGAAAUGCCCCAGCUGGCUCGCAUGACUGGCUGCCCCACCCUCAGGUAUCUCUCUGGAAGGGCAAGUCCACCCCCACCUGGCCUCCUUUCUCCUGGCUGUCACCAAAGCAAUCAUUCCCAGGACACGGGGGCCUAUAAGAUCCACGCUGUGGAGGCAAGCCACACCACUUCCCAUUGUCUCUAAGGUGACCAGCCCUUCUUCUUGCCAGUCACACAACCCUUCCCUCGUCAGUCACACCCAUGGAGAUAGUGCCUCCGUCCUUUAGCUGUAACCAUGGAUACCAUACUUUCCCCAUCUCACCAGCCCCCAUCCUGGAGACCUACAACUCCACUUUAAUUGUCCCCACCCUGACCAACAGCCAUGGAGACCACCUUCCCCCCACUGUCCAGAGAGUUAACCAACAUUCAGUUCUCCAGCUUUCACCAUGGAAACGUGCUGCCCUUUCCCCAGGCCCACCCCAGCUCCUUGCCACCCUCCAAGUUAAACAACUGUUGCCAUGGAGACCAAACUGGAGUCUGAGGUAACAGAACACCUGUCUCCCUAGGCUUUUCCUUGUUGGUAGGGCCCUGCCCACCAAGUUGUUACCAUAGAGACUGUUAAUGUCAUUCCCAUGACAACUAACCCCCCAGCUCUCAGGAACUUACCAUGGGCAGGAACUGUACCCUAUAGGGCUUAAUGGCUGCCCCUUCACCAGGUGGGCUCAGCCCCAGGCAGCAUCCUGAGACAGGGCUGGACUUACAGGGCUGCUGAAACCCUCCAAUUGCACGCUAACUAUAUCCCAGACAGCAGCUGUGCACGACAUACCCUUGGGAUGCCCAGGUGUUUUCAUUGCCUCUGUACAGAUGAGCAACCCGAGGCACUGGCAUGCCUUGGCCCUUUGAGCUGUGCAAGCACUGAGCUCCCCUUUUCCUCUCUCAGACCCCAUCCCCAUUCUCACUGAGCUCUUCUUCCCUUCCCUAACCCCCCAACCCCUAUUUUCCUCCUAGGAGAUCCAGGAGAGAUAGGUUCUUAAACCCCAGAAAUCCACUCUGAGCUCCAGGUUUUAAGGGGAGAUUAUUUUUUUUAAUUUAUUGAUUUGAGAGAGAGAGAGAGAGAGAGAGAGAGAGAGAGAGAGAGAGAGAGAGACAUUGAUUUAUU